AUGAAGAAAUUGGAGAUCGAAGUGACCCGCAAAGGCAGCAUCGUUAAGUACACAUUGCCAUUCGAGACGGAUGAGAAGGCACUGGACUUUGCCCUUAAAUUUUCUGAAGGACUCAAGCCGAGCACCCAACAAGACGCCGGCAUAGUUAAAUUAAAUGGGAAAAAAGUUGAAGUGGAGUCUAUCAGGAGCGUCCCACCCACACCCCCAGCCAUGUGGAAACCAGAACCAACAACACCGGCAAGCGAAGAACCGGCAUCACCGGCAUCCCCGGCAUCCCCGAUGGAAUCAAGAACACCGGCAGUUCUAUUAACCAGGGAAUCGUCAGCUGCAGCUCCCCCUCGCGACGAAACUCCCAAACGGGCUGGCGUACCGAAAACAACGCCCCCAGUGUUUCGACCAAUAGAGGCCAGGACACCAUCCUACGCGUGCAGCAGUAUCUUUGGUGUUAUACAGGGGACCCCCUCCCCUCGAUACAGCGCGUUCACCGGUGGGUCCAUCCGGCAGGAGCAGGAGGAGGAGACCAUGACCGUGCUGAAAAUUUUUAAGACGGCCGGGGCCAGAUCAUUGCUGCUGCGUGCGUGGCAGCCAGAGCCACUAACACCGGCGAUGAGGAAGACGGCGAUUAACACCAUCGCCGACCAUUUCAUCCAAAGGGAGCAGAAGCUCACCCUCAAGGAAUGUCGUGAUUUUGAGAGUCAGCUUCUGAACCUAUUUCCCGGAGAAGAGGAAUCAGAUUACAGGACUGAUCGGCGAGGAAAAAUAUAUAUUCGCUAUAAAAAUAAGUGCACCGCGGCAGCGUUUAAAAAAAAUGUAAACAGGAAGCUGUUCCCAGGCUCCCCAACCACACCUGUGUCGCCAAUGUCUGUGACUCGAAUUUGGUCGCAGGGGCUCCCUGAAAUCUUUGACGAGAUCGAUAAAGACGAAUACAAAAAUAAAUAUAUUUAA